AUGUGUCCUGAUUUCAUCCUCAAAACAACAACACGAGUGCAUUGUACUCACAAUACAUUUUCGCUUUUCAUAAUAAAGACUAACGUCAAUCUGUGUGAACAACCAAAGAUAGAGCUCGGCGAGCGUCCUGUGCCGGUUUCGUUUGCUAAACACAAGGUGGAAACGCUCUCAUCAGAACGCAUAGCCGAGCAGGAGGAGUUCAUGGAUAGCACUAUGAUGCCAUCACCGCGGAUGCCGUCGAGACAGGAGACACAACGGCCUCGCAUCGUGGGUCCUCCCAUUAGGCGCCCAAAGCCUAAGCCUAAGGGAAACAGUGGAACGCCGGGCUCGUACAAGACGACUACCGGGAAUGGAGCGUGCCCCCCCGGAAAUGAACCAACUCGCGACGAUGAUGGACGACUCAUCCUUUGCAAUGGGCUCGAGCCCAACUUCUUCACUAUUUUGCUAAACCUCACCAACUAUCGCUUAGUGCGUCAGGCGGGCAUUUUGGGCAGUACAAGCCUUUCAGAAGCGCUUUUCAGCGCCCAAAAUUCCGCUCAUACUCUAAUAAUAAGGUAUCAACUGCGUGGACUUACUCUUCGUAAGCUGAAGUAUGGUGAGACCUGCGAUCCUGCAAGCGAUACCUGCACCCAAGGUUCCACAUGUAUUGAUAACGUGUGCAAAUGUGGACCUGGGUACGCUUUGAGCCCAAACGGAUGGUGCGAAAGAUUCGAAUUCAAUAUGGGUGGGAAAGUCCCACAAUCAUUCCACGGAAACUUUGCUCAAACCACACAAACUUCCACAACUCAGCAGUCUGUCAUCAUAGAGACUAUUCCGGAUGCCAUACGGACCACAUACGAGACCACACCUGCCCAAAUCCCUUCUCGAAGGCCAUUCAUAGGUCCAAAAGUAAUUCGACAUCGUUUCCUCGGAACAAGAUGUCGCGACAAUGACGUCUGCAUAAAUGGAGGAGAAUGUCGAGAUGAUGCUACCCCAUUUGCCGCUCCUGGACAGUCAUGUGCUCACGGUGAAGACUGCUCCGGUGGUUCUUUCUGUGCAGAUGGAAUCUGCCAAUGCGAC